AUGGGAGUCAGACCAAUGACUUUGAGGCAAAAAGCUAAUUUUGCGAACGAAAAAUGUCUUAGGGGUCUUUUCGGUUGGGCUUUGGAUCUCGGUGGCCUAGGAUCGUUAGAGGACCCGAAUAAUAUAAGCUUAUCUAACACCUCUCUAAGUGGUGCAAAUAUAGACGGUGGAAGUGAUGGAACUAGUGACUUCUAUGUUGGCCAAGAAAUUUUCAGUAACUCCACUAUUGUGGGCAUCGCUCCCAUGAACAUGAUUCUUCCUCCUAGUACUUUAGGAUCUAUAAGUACCUUUUACCUAGGCUUAUUUACUACUAGCAUUAAGUUCGCAUGGGAAACAAUAGGAACUGCUACUAUUGAUGAUGUGGUGAUAACCAUAACCACGAUCACUCGUACUGUUAUGAACACUACUAUCAUUGGAAAAUCCUAUGGUGGAACUGGAAUAUCACCUCAUAAAACUAAACUCACUUUAAAUCGCUCUCUUAUCCUACCUCCAUGGCCGUGGUCCACGACAUAUCUAUCGACCGAUUUUCUAGUCGGGCCUACUAUAUACUUUACACAAGGAGAUCCGGCAAGUCCCAUAUAUACAGCUAGAUAUGGAACUAAAUAUACUAUCUUCUGUGAUACACCUUGUGAGGAUGACUAUACCGAUAGCCUAGUCUCUAGUGGAUUUAAUGAUCCUUCUGAUCUAGAUCUACCAUCACAUGAGAAGUAUGCGGGUCCAGACUAUAAGAAUGACAGCUAUAAUGGCUUACUUUAUGUUAGCUUUAGAUGCAUAGGUUCUGAUUAUGAUUCAACAAGUGGUGAAUGUCUCGGUAGUGAUUGCGAACAGACUGGUUGCAUAGGAGAUGGAUGUAUCGGCUGCUCUGGUAGUGACUAUAAUGGAUCAGGUAUAUGCUUUGGACUAGAUUAUAUUUCAUUAGGAUAUAUCGGCCUUGGCUGUAUCCGUUCAACUAGAAAAUGUUCUUCUUACGGCUGCCAUAAAGUAUCCUGCUCUGGUCCCAAUUGCAAUGAUGGAAUCUAUAAGGGGGAUGGCUGUGAAACCGAAGAUAUAGACUAUGAAUCGGAAGAGGCUGAUAUCUAUACCGAGUUCAUUAGUAGCUAG